ACCGCGCGCCUGGAUGUACCUACAAGGACGUUUACAAUAAUCCCGUAUAUGUUUAUUCGCUAUUAAAAACACAGAUUUUUAUAUAAUAUUCGUAUAGAAAUGGCAAGUGUAGGACUGGUUGUCGGCACUCCAAAUACUGAAGAGAGAGCGGUUUUCACGCAGCUCAAGCCCGUGCGGAUGUGUAGCGGCGAUGGGCCGGAGGACUCGUCCGUGUUCGAGGACGUCAAACCCGCAGUGAGAAUCGCAACAAACCCCGUUGAAAUGGCUCAGACACGGAUGGAGAUGGAUAAAUAUCUGCCCCAGAGUGGCCCCCUACUUUCCCCAAACAUAACAGAUAAGAAAUACCGCCGGGAAAGUGCCUCUGUGGUGGAUGAGUAUUUUGCAGAUGAGAAGCCUGCCCCUUACAGCCUGAACAUCAACGUUAUCCUGCCCAACACCACACACCUUCGCACGGGCCUUUAUCGCCCAAACAAACCUACAGUGCAUCACAUCAAAACAGAGCCAGGAUUAGAUGAACCCUGCGGCAUUCAGACACUCCCCGAAUUCACCUCCGUCUUCAGCGUGCCCCAGACGGUCAACAGCCUCUUCAUCAAACCUGAAAUACCGGUCACAGACGAGCUGCAUAUCGGUCCUCAGCAGCCAUCAGCCUACCAGAUGCCCGUCAGCAGUAGCGACCUCACCACUAUGACCUUCUCCCACAGUCAGUCAAUGAACGGAAUUGGCGCACCCGGCAGGACCAUGCUCAACCUGAACACUGUGGCCUUGACCGCACAAUCUGCUGAAUUUGUCAUGCCUGAAUCGUUCACCUACAAUUCACCACAGCCACACAGUUUGCCUCCAUCGCCCCCCAAUUCCCAGCCCGGCAGUCCUGAGAACCAGGCUGAACUCAUUACCUCUGUUGCCCCUCCCCCGCCGUACCAGGCCCGACUCGGAAUGAAGGUUGGACAGAUGACCCCUCACUCCAUGAUAAUGGCCCACGGUCAGGGCAUCCUCACAGGGCCCAGAUACAACCGACGGAACAACCCUGAGCUGGAGAAGAGAAGGAUUCAUCAUUGUGACUUCCAAGGAUGCAACAAAGUUUACACAAAGAGCUCUCACUUGAAAGCACACCAACGGACUCAUACAGGGGAGAAGCCCUAUCGGUGCAGCUGGGAAGGAUGCGACUGGCGCUUCGCCCGCUCGGAUGAACUGACGCGGCAUUACCGCAAACAUACCGGCGCCAAACCUUUCAAAUGCAUCGCCUGCAGUCGCUGCUUCUCCCGUUCAGACCAUUUGGCACUACACAUGAAACGCCACCAGAAUUAAUGGACUUCAUCUCCUUGUUUUCAACUUUUAUACUGUUUUACUGUUCUAAAUAUUUCACCGUCACUCGAAGAUCAAACUAGAGACAGCUCUGACGAACCCAGCACUCCACACUUCACUAAGAUUGUCAUGAAGAGUAAUGGACACCACAACACUUUCAAAGAGCUCCACAGGAUGUAUAUUACUGUACAUAUGUUUUCUAUUUGUGUAUGUCUACACGAGUUUUAUACUUGACCUCCAUCCACUUUGUCUGACUCAAUUUUAAAAAUGUUCCUGCGAGAAUAUGAGUGUCUUCCUAAUAACUUGAAAUGUAAAGUUUGCUUUAAUUCCAAGGUAAUGGUUAAUUGUUAAUUUUGAACGCCGCUGUAAUAUUUAUAUGGAAUUCCCCCCCCCCUGGAUGAAAGUUGUUUGCUUUUGAGUAACAUGCUACGAUACAAAAGUAGUAAUCCUAAUGUUUGCUGUUCUCACAGUCCUCGGAUACAGAUCUUUAUGGGACUGUUUAAUAGAAGAAAAAAAGUAGCGCUCAGGUCGUCUGUUUGACAUUUCAGCUUUUUGUAUGAAAAGGCUGAUGGAUGAAACAAAAGAGCUCGCAUUUGAGCAUGUGUGCCAAAUUUCCAGAAGAAAACUCGCUGUGUUUCACACUUAUGAACAAUAAAAUGCAGCAUUUAUCACGUCAGACUUACCAAGAAAUGAAGCUAUAUGACUGCUUUUCUUCCCUCACAAUUACCAAGAACAAACUAUUCCUUGUGGAAAUCGUAGCAUUUGCCGUUGAGACCUAUAUUGGGUUCUAUGAAGCGUAGCGAGCGCAGUUUAUAAACGCUUAAAAGUUCUCAAGUUCUCUUGAUCUGUGUGCUCGUCCCUCACUUAUAAAGAGAACUCUGAUGGAUCAAAAGAUACUGUACAUACUGUAGUUAAAGUUUACUACAUGUAAAUAUUAUUUACUUUGAAGCUGAUCGUUUUAUGAACAAAUGGGAUUUUUUUUGUCUUGAAUGGGGGUGAAUUAAGCAUUGUAGAUGAUGUGAUCGUUUUAACAUUUUGUAUGUACUUGCUUGAAUACAUUUUUGAAAAUAAAAGAAUCAUCACAUUA